CUCUCCCUCAGACAGCCUCUUUCCCUCUCUCAUAGUCAUCGCCAUUGAUGCAAGCGUACCGUAGGUGCGUAGCGCACCAGUCUCUGUUGAAGUCUUCGUGCGUUCUCGCCUCUCUCGGUAUUUGCACUUGACAUUCUUACCUCCUACUGCACAUGGUAUCAUAAAGGCCGAGGCCCCUCACUUACAUUAAGGUUAUUGACUAUUUUAACAAGGCGCUACAAGGCUUGGGUAUAGAUCUGUCACAAGUCAGUAUCUCUGCGUAGAUUGAUCUUGGGAAACAGGCAAUUACAUGACUGUCCACUGCUAAGCAUUUUGCUGCAGUCAUAAUGCGGAUAAGGGAGCUGAAAACAACAGCUUUAAUAUUUGUGUCCGGUAAAAUGGGAAUUCCAGCUAGUGUCCAGAUUUUUUUCCUGUGACAAGGAUGCACAGGCUCAGCCUGUUGCUUGGCGAAGUUUUUUCUGGUGCUCCACGGUGCAACUGCACUGGAACUAUGGUGCAACAGGACUUCUGACAGUGGCACAAUCGGAUGUUGAUAAAACCAACCAGAGUUACUAUGGUGAAUCGAAGCUGAAUUACUUGACAAUUGAUGGGAGCCAUGAAGGACUUGUGCCUCUACGUAAAGAAGGGCCUGUCCGUGAUAAGAUGGCCAUUUAAGAGUUUUCAAGUGGCUAGUAUGGAAGUCUUUCUUGAUCAGCCUGAUGCCCAUGCCUCUGUGAAAGAUUUGGAUUUCAGUUCUGGUGGAAAAAUUGUGGCAUCCUUGGGAAGUAGUGGUCCUUGUCGGGUUUGGGACCUAACGUCAUUGAUGGUUGUAGCCAAUUUACCAGGAGAAAAUGGUGAGGUUUUCGGGUUCUGCCGUUUUUCUCAUAAUAGUGAUGAUAAUCAAACCCUAUAUUUGACUGCAAUGCAAGGCCAGCAUGGAAUCAUUGUCUCUUGGAACACUAUAAAAGGUUCUCCUUGA